CCGGAGUUAAAAACGUCGAAUUCGUGUCACAGGCAUUGUAACAGUGGUGAAACUGAGUACGUUUUGCUAAACUCAUAGCUACUGAAACCCUGGAUUAGACUGUAGAGCAUCUACAGCGACAGCACAUACGACAGGCAGAAGUAAGGGCUGUUGAAACAUUGGAGCAGCGUGAAAAGCGACAGCAAGUUACAUUCUAUUUACAGAACACCAGGCAGCAGAGUACUAUGGAGCUCCAUAAUCAGGAACAAACCAUCAAACUGCUGCAGCAGUAUGAGAAGCUCCAGAAUCAGAUAACCAGGCUGCAGCAGCAGUAUGAGAAGCUCCUGAAGGAGAAAAUCAGGCAGCAACAGGAGAAGAAGCUCCUGAAGGAGAUAACCAAGCUGCUGCAGCAGUAUGAGAAGCUCCUGAACAAGAAAAUCAGGCUGCAGCAGGCCAAUGAACAGCUCCGGAAUCAGAACAUCAAGCUGCAGCAGGACAAUAAACAGCUCCAGAAUCAGAACACCAGGCAGCAGCAGGAGCUAGAGGAGCUCCAGAAGGAGGCCCAGCAGGAAGUUCCUUCAGUCCUCAUGGCACCACUCGCAGGGUUCUUGUGAUUAGGGUGGAUCGUUCAUGAAGAACCAGGUACCACAACCAGCUGUACCAAUCAAUGUGGCAGGAGCUGAUGAGCCUUCGCGAUUGCGUCUGCCCACUUUCAAUAAAUGGCUCUUUUCUGCCAGAUGUUUUCUAGUUACCUUUUGAGUAUUUUGUGUGUGUGCGUGUGUGAAGGCAUUAUUUGUCUAUGGAGGGGGAAAAAAAUAAUUGUUUUGCUAGUGUGCCAUAUGAAUAAAUUUACACAAGCUGUUUA